AUGUCUCUUAAUUAUAAAUACGUCCACUCUGCAACGCUACCUGACAAUUUCGGCAAUAAGCCGUUCGCUCCACCGCCUGAGAAGUCCAGCUCCGAACAUUCAAAGACGCCAGACGACAGCGGCGUUAAGCAAGCCAGCGAGUUAUGGAAACAGAAAGACAGCAAAAAGACGGAAGACGACAACAAAAUCAAAGGGUCGGAAGAGCAACAGAAUCAGAAAACAGAAGAAGAACAGAAGAAGGAAAAGAUAGAGGAGGAGGCGAAGAAUAACAAGAAAAAAGAAAAAGAGGAGGAAGAGAGGAAACAGAAAGAACAGGAGGCGGAGGCUGCUAGAUCGAAUUAUGAGCAACAGUUGCGAGAUCAUUUCGCAAGGGAGUACGAGGCGGCCAAGAAGCUUCCAGGAAGCGACGCAAUCUAUGGAAACACACUCGACACUUUGAGUCGACAAGAUAUUCAUCUCAGCAAACAUGCGGAACGUCUCAGGCCGUCUUCUGCACAAGAACAGCCCUACUACGCAAACCACCGACCAGUUCAUUUCGAUCCGUACCCGAACUACAAUAGUGACGAGUGGAACAAGACACAUCGCGCACCAUAUGUGCCUUGUAUUGGCGCGCUUGGCGAACCAGUGGAAGAUCUUUUGGUCUUCAAGGGCCUCCCACGCGACUUUCCCAUGCCGAGUAUGGGCGGGUUUGAUAUCCUGGAUAUGGACGGCGACAUCUGUUACGAACGCGACACGAGGCUGGGUCCGUACGGCUUGACCCCCCAGCUGCACAGCAAGACUGGUCUUCCCAUCGAGUGGAGCAACAUUAAAUGGGGUGACUUGCAAAAGAAAUGCUUGGAACAGAAUGCCGCCCGGUUCGGGGGUGGUAAGUCCAACAGAUACCUCAUGACUGCCUUUCCAGACAUUGCGGAAAAGUACGCAAAGGAAACCGAGAUAUCCAAAAGGCGAGACUCAGGUCUCGGACUUGAGGACGAAGUCAGCAGCGAGCUCAACACUGGGGAUACCACUGCGCACGAGGCUCGCACUGCGGUUCUGCUGAGGACCUAUACCGGCAAGAAAUAUACAGAAAACGAUAAGCAGGUCAUUAGAUCCUUGAUCUCUGAGCUUUCGCUUCGGUCCGGCGGAGAGUAUGAGGUGUUUCUACUCUUACACGUUCGUGAUGACUCAGUCAAUAUUUUGGAUGCCAAAGAGCGCCAAAACAUUCUGGAUACGCACAUCCCGAAGGAAUUCCACGACAUUACCAAACCCUGGAACGAUCAAGCCGUCUGGGACGUCUAUACGGCCCUUACAGAUGCUGAAGAGAAGACGGUUCAUCAUGCUCAGUGGCUUUCCGUUCAGAAGUUCAGUAUCGAUCACCCAGAAUUCGAUUACAUUUGGAACUGGGAAAUGGACGUCAGAGUUGUCGGCCAUAGCUACGAUUUCGUAAGGCGCCUGGAAGAAUUCUCCAAGAAACAGCCUCGAAGAGGCUUGUGGGAGCGCAACGAGCGCUACUAUAUUCCUGCCUUUCAUGGGGGGUACGAGACUGACUUCCGUAUGCGUAUCGAACAAGAAACGCGCGGCAGGAGUCAGAUCUGGGGCCCGCCCAAAGUAUCCUUCAUCCAUCCUGUAGGCCCUAAGCCGCCAGUCUCAAAUCCUGAAGAUGACCCGUACCAGUGGGGGGUCGGGGAGGACGCCGACCUCAUCACCCUGGGCCCUAUAUUCGACCCGGUCAACAGUAGCUGGAUUUUCAGAGAUAAAAUCUGGGGUUACAAGGAUGACGAAAAUCCCGAUCACACGACCCUUCCGAGGCGAACUACCAUUAUUACCCAAUGCCGUAUUUCUAAACGUCUUCUGGAUAUCAUGCAUGUCGAAAACCUGCGCGGUAACCAUAUUGCCUCGGAGAUGACGCCCCAAACGGUUGCUCUCUUGCACGGAUUCAAGGCUGUUUUUGCACCUCACCCUACCUGGUUUGACCGUGCUUGGAAUGGUGCCUUUUUGGAUAAGUGGUUUAAUUCUGGAGACAAGGGCAGCGGGGGCGAGGGCAGUCCUUUCGGCUACGGGAGAGAGCGAAGGUACCAAGGAACUACGUGGUACUAUCGUGCUGAGCCUCCCUCGAGGCUGUAUAACAAUUGGAUGGGAUACAUUGACACGGAAAUUGGUGGGAGGCUAUGGGAGGUUGAGCACGGGCGGCCUUGUUUGCCACCGAUGACCCUUCACCCUGUCAAAGCGGUUGAGCCUACGGAACCUGGCUUUGUAACCCGGUUCGAGCUUAAUUACGGCUAA